UUUUUGGUUUCAUUUUGAAGCUGCCCACUUGAAAGAGAUCCAAAAUUAGGGAUACCUUCCGAUCCACAUCUCAUCUCUCUCUCUCUCUCUCUCUCUCACACACACACACACACAAACACACACCCCGUCUUGAAUAUGAACAUGCUAUCUUAACUUGUACGGAUUGGAAUUUUGUUUUUGUAUUGUGAAUUUGAGUUGGAUCAUCUUUGAGAGUUGGCUAUACUUGUAUACUUUCUUGGACAAGAACAAGUUUGGUCACUGCCUGCCAGUUCAUUAAAUAACCUAGAGAGAGAAAGAGUGAUGAGAGAGAUGAAGGUCAUGUUUUUGGAUGACAGUAUGUCAAACUUGACAUCAGCAUCUAAUGAAGCAAGCCUAUCUUCAUCUAGUAACAAGAAUGAAGUGGGUACUAUGUACCCUCCAUCACAGCAGGUGCAACAGUCCUUUGCUUCAGUGCCAACUAAUUCCAACAAUCAAACUCAAACCAACAAGAAAAAGAGAAAUCUUCCAGGGAAUCCAGACCCUGAAGCUGAGGUGAUAGCAAUGUCCCCCAAAACACUAAUGGCAACAAAUAGAUUCGUGUGUGAGAUUUGCAACAAAGGGUUUCAAAGAGACCAAAAUCUUCAACUGCACAGAAGAGGUCAUAAUCUUCCAUGGAAGCUAAAGCAAAGAUCAAAACAGGAGGUGGUUAGGAAGAAGGUGUACGUAUGCCCCGAACCGAGUUGUGUGCACCAUGAACCUGCAAGGGCUCUUGGAGAUCUCACUGGUAUCAAGAAGCAUUACUCACGAAAGCAUGGUGAGAAGAAGUGGAAGUGUGACAAGUGUUCGAAACGAUAUGCGGUUCAAUCCGACUGGAAGGCUCAUUCCAAGAUUUGUGGCACUAGAGAAUAUCGAUGUGAUUGUGGCACUCUUUUUUCAAGGAGGGACAGCUUCAUCACACACAGAGCUUUCUGUGGUGCUUUAGCAGGAGAAAAUGCAAGAUCUUUAUCAUCAACCCUACUCUCACCAAACCAUCAGCUUCCCCUUCAUCUCCCAUUAAACUACCCACUCAAAACUGAACCACAUCUCUUCCAAUACCCACAACUCAACUCCAACAUAAUGUCUAAUGAUCAUUUGCAACAAAACAAUCAAUUACCAUCAUGGUUUGUUCAUCACCGUCAUCAACCAAACUCAAACUCAAACCCUAACAAUGCAAGUAAUAAUAAUAAUAAUAUUGAUUUUCCAUCACCUUCUCCAUCUCACAUGUCUGCCACUGCAUUGCUCCAAAAGGCAGCUCAGAUGGGUGAGACCAUGAGCAAGCCUGCAGCUAGUACCAAUACUGUCAUUGUCAUGUCACAACAGCAACAGCAACAACAGCAGCACCAGUCCAUUCUAAGUGGGUCCCACCAAAAUGAUCACAUGUGUGCACCUACAACAUUAUUGACAGCUCAUCAUCAUCAUGCUUCUGGUCUUGAAAAUUUGUCUUCAACUGAUGAGAAUCAACAAGAGAUGCUAGGGUUAAGUGGUGGGUUUGCUAAUUCUCAACCCAAUUCAUUGGCUUGUGAAAGUGUUGGCUCCAUUAAUGCUUUCCAAGAGGCUUAUAAUAAUGCUUUUCAAGAACCCUUCUUUCCAAGAGCAUCAGCAUCAACCGAACCACCUCGGAACCCGACUAGCGGUGGAAACGAUGAGUUGACAAGAGAUUUCUUGGGUCUAACAGGGUUUCCACCACCUAAUGGUGAUCAACAUUUUCUAAGUAUGGCUGGUCUAGAUCAUUUAAACACUUCACCUUAUCACCAUACGCUGCAGCAGCAUGAUCCCACCCAGAACCAGAACCAAAACCAAAACCAAAACCACUUACCUUGGCAUGGUUAAUGUCUAGCUAGCUAGUUCAUGCUUGAUAAUAGUAAGAUACAAUCUUGUUUUCACUUUUUUAUGGUGUUUUUUUAAGUGCAUACAUGCAUUGUUUUAUUGGUCAUUAGAUUUUAUUAUGUUGUUAAAGUUCGAUCAGUACAAAUUAUCUUUCUUUUUCUUCUACGUAGGGGAUAUUAAAAGGCAAAAUAUCUGCUUCAAGCAUUUAAA